AUGGCGGCGACUGUGAUCCUGGAGCCCGCCGACCGCUGCUGCUGGGACGAGCCGGUACGCAUCGUGGUGCGCGGACUGGCACCAGGGCAGCCGGUCACACUGCGCUCGUCCCUGCGCGAUGAGAAGGGCGCGCUCUUCCGGGCCUACGGGCGCUACCGCGCGGACGGCGGCGGCGAGCUGGACCUGGCGCGCGCGCCCGCGCUGGGCGGCAGCUUCGCGGGCCUCGAACCCAUGGGCCUCUUCUGGGCCCUGGAGCCGGAGAAGCCCUUGGUGCGGCUGGUGAAGCGGGACGUGCAGACGCCCUUCACGGUGGAACUGGAGGUGCUCGAAAGCCACAAGCCCGAGCCUCAGCGGGUUCUAGGCCGGGCGGUGCACGAGCGCCACUUCCUGGGGCCCGGAGUGCGGAGGGAGCCGGUGCGCGCGGGCCGGGUGCGCGCCGCUCUCUUCCUGCCGCCAGGCCUGGGGCCGUUUCCUGGGGUCAUCGAUCUGUUUGGAAGUGGCGGUGGCCUUUGUGAGUACAGGGCCAGCCUCCUGAGUGGACAUGGUUUCGCUGUGCUUGCUCUGGCUUAUUUCAGGUUUGAAGAUCUUCCUGAAUAUUUGAAUGAUAUGCACCUGGAGUACUUUGAAGAGGCUGUGGACUUCAUGCUGCAGCAUCCAAAGGUGAAAGGCCCUACUAUUGGACUUCUUGGCUUCUCCAAAGGAGGUGACCUGUGUCUCUCAAUGGCCUCCUUCUUGAAGGGCAUCACAGCCACUGUACUUAUCAAUUCCUGUGUGGCCAAUACAAUCACUUCUCUACAUUAUAAAGAUAUGACUAUUCCUGGUCUUGAAAAUGACCUAGGAAAAUGUACAAUCACUGAGUCAGGCCUUCUGGAUAAUACGGAUUCUUGGAAUAACCCACUGGAGGAACCCAACCACCAAAGUCUCAUUCCACUGGAAAAGGCCCAGGGGCCCUUCUUGUUUAUUGUUAGCGAGGAUGAUCAUAGCUGGAAGAGUGAAUUUUACGCUCAUAUAGCCUCUGAACGCUUACAAGCCCAUGGGAAAGUGAGACCCCAGAUAAUUUCCUACCCAGGAGCUGGUCACUGUAUUGAGCCACCUUAUUUUCCUCCUAGUAUAGCCUCUGUGCAUGCAGUUUUGGGCCAAGCAAUAUUCUAUGGAGGUGAGCCAAGGGCUCACUCAAGAGCUCAGGUAGAUGCCUGGCAGCAAAUUCAAACUUUCUUCCACAAACACCUCGAUGGUAAAAAAUCUGUUAAGUGCAGCAAAAUAUAAUCUU